AUGGGAAAACUAGACGAGCUGAGAUUCAACCCUCGUGAGCGGCUGCAGAGCCGCUACCCUUAACAGCUCUCUCUCGGGAUUCUAACAUUCCCUUCUGUGACGGAGAGACCACAGGCCGGGACACGCAUCCCGGGACGGAUCCACAGCUGGAUGGGGAAGGCUGAGCCCGGCGGGCCGGAAGCCCGGCGGUGGCGUGCAGGAGCCCCGCCCUCCUAGGCUGGAUUCGGCCGGGGGCGGGGCCGCGGGCGGGGCCUGUGGCAGCGGGAACCCCGACCCCGCCCCUUUCCCCACCCCUCCAUUUCUCGCCAUGGCCCCUGCACUGCUCCUGGUCCCUGCUGCCCUCGCCUCUUUCAUCCUGGCCUUUGGCACCGGAGUGGAGUUCGUGCGCUUUACCUCCCUUCGGCCACUUCUUGGAGGGAUCCCGGAGUCUGGUGGUCCGGAUGCCCGCCAGGGAUGGCUGGCUGCCCUGCAGGACCGCAGCAUCCUUGCCCCCCUGGCAUGGGAUCUGGGGCUCCUGCUUCUAUUUGUUGGGCAGCACAGCCUCAUGGCAGCUGAAAGAGUGAAGGCAUGGACAUCCCGGUACUUUGGGGUCCUUCAGAGGUCACUGUAUGUGGCCUGCACUGCCCUGGCCUUGCAGCUGGUGAUGCGGUACUGGGAGCCGGUACCCAGAGGCCCUGUGUUGUGGGAGGCUCGGGCUGAGCCAUGGGCCACCUGGGUGCCCCUCCUCUGCUUUGUGCUCCAUGUCAUCUCCUGGCUCCUCAUCUUUAGCAUCCUUCUCGUCUUUGACUAUGCUGAGCUCAUGGGCCUCAAACAGGUAUACUACCAUGUGCUGGGGCUGGGCGAGCCUCUGGCCCUGAAGUCUCCCCGGGCUCUCAGACUCUUCUCCCACCUGCGCCACCCAGUGUGUGUGGAGCUGCUGACAGUGCUGUGGGUGGUGCCUACCCUGGGCAUGGACCGUCUCCUCCUUGCUUUCCUCCUUACCCUCUACCUGGGCCUGGCUCAUGGGCUUGAUCAGCAAGACCUCCGCUACCUCCGGGCCCAGCUACAAAGAAAACUCCACCUGCUCUCUCGGCCCCAGGAUGGGGAGGCAGAGUGAGGAGCUCACUCUGGUUACAAGCCCUAUUCUUCCUCUCCCCCUGAAUUCUAAAUCCUUAACAUCCAGGCCCUGGCUGCUUCAUGCCAGAGGCCCAAAUCCAUGGACUGAAGGAGCUGCCCCUUCUACUACUUGAGACUUUAUUCUCUGGGUCCAGCUCCAUACCCUAAAUUCUGAGUUUCAGCCACUGAACUCCAAGGUCCACUUCUCACCAGCAAGAAAGAGCGGGGUAUGGAAGUCAUCUGUCCCCUCACUGUUUAGGGCAUGACACUCUCCCCCUCAACAGCCUCCUGAGAAGGUAAGGAUCUGCCCUGACCACUCCCCUGGCACUGUUACUUGCCUCUGCACCUCAGGGGUCCCCUUCUCCACCGCUGGCUUCCACUCCAAGAAGCUGGACCAGGGUCUGCAAGUUCAACGGUCACAACUGUCCCUCUAGGCCCCAACCUUGCCUCACCACUCCCAGCCCUAGUCUCUGCACCUCAUUAGGCCCUGCCUCUGGGCUCAGACCCCAACCUAGUCAAGGGGAUUCUCCUGCUCUUAACUCGAUGACUUGGGGCUCCCUGCUCUCCCGAGGAAGAUGCUCUGCAGGAAAAUAAAAGUCAGCCUUUUUCUACAUA